GCGGUACCUCUCCGGGAACCAUCACCUUACCGUGGUGGAGAGGUUUGCGUGCCCCUGUGAGCCUGGAGGCUGUGUUGUCUGGAGCCUAGGGCUCCUGGUAGGGUCUCCCAUGGCAAAGUGGUUCCAGGUGAGGGGCCAGACUGAGAAUGGUUCAUAAAGCCCCUUAUGAAAAAUCGAGGAAGAGGAGGACAGACCCUGCCCAGAGGAAGCCCGGGGCCCCCGUCUGGAGCAGGGCCCAGAGGGAGGGCUCGCCUGGUGGCUGGGUUUGCCACGGAGCCCGGCCGGGCACAGCCCAAAACAGCAACGUGGCACCCCCCCCUCCAUCCUUUGGACCCACCAUCCAUAGGAAGAUCCACAGGAUGCAAACACGAUAAUCAGAGACACGUGGGCAGGAGGCCGCAAGGAGACCAUAUGGUCCAAGGCUGGACCAAAGUUAGAAAAUUGAAUGGACCUGGCCCCUGGAAGGAGUUGAAGACUGAUAUAGGAUGCAACCAUUACAGAUUUUGUCCGUACGACGGCCAAAUCAAGGCUGGAUACAGCAGUGUCCUUGCUGAGCGACCCAGUGCACCCAACAGGAAAAUCCUUCUGUUCCCUGUGUGCAAGAACAGCCAGACAGAUAAUAGACCACGUCUCCAGGAUGCUGAAGUGAGGAUGAGGAGACAGGAGACCUCCUGGCAAAGGGAAGAUGCGCUGACCGACCGCCGUCUACUGCAGGAACCAGGAGACCAGCUCCGCCUGAGUGAAGAGCUUCAGAGCCUCGAUCUGCAACAGAGACCACAAUGGGUGAAAACCACGAACCACAACCAGAGACCUGAAAUUUUAAUCCAGCUUGUUGCUUCUUCCAAAGUUCAGAAAACGUUUUACCAAACUCUGGCCUGGCCCACCCAACGGGGUCCAGCAGGGACACGAACUGGGUUUUCUCUGAUUCUCCAGUUCAGAGAAAAAGAUGACAUCAUUAAUUCAAUGAGUCGUGAUAAAAGGAAAUCUUCAGCAUUUUUAGAUGCUUCAGGCUGAAACGGUGUGAACGCAUUUCUAAAAUGGCGUCCUCAAAAGGUAAUUCUCUUUGUCACUGAUGUCUCGCCUAAUGCCUACUCUCGCUCUGAGUUGUUGCAGGAAGACGCCGCUGGAAACGUGAGUCAGAGUUGGAGAGAGGAGUUUGCUGUGUAGCGUUAGGAAAUAGCUAGCAGCUCCUCUCCCUCGUUUCCUCAACAACUCAAGAUUUCAGAGCGAGAACGAUACGAGUCUUCAGUUCAGUUUUUUCAGGGGGGCUUUAAGAGGUUUUAUACGUGCAGAGAACUUCUAUAAAAACCAGACUCUGCUUUCAGCUCUACAGUAUUAGUCAUCACAUGCGUCCACAAGACCUCUGGGUUCCAAACCAGGAACAAAACCAGUCGCAUGUAACGCAGAGUUUUGCGUGCACCUACAGAUAAUAACUCUUUU